AGUGCCUUGCGAGCGGUCAUGGGCUAAGCACGGAAAUCGUAUCGUUGCCGCGCUCCGUUCUCCUCUACCGCUCAUCCCGACAAAAUUCCAAAUACAAAAACCAAAAAAAAUAAACACACUACCACAUACCGUGCACGCCGAACACACAUUGUAGAUGUUUGCCAAAAUGUGGCUUUCCGACUGCCGUUCGAUGACGCGCUACAAGCAGACCGAAUUCACGGAAGAUGACUCCAGUUCCAUUGGCGGCAUUCAGCUAAACGAGGCGACCGGCCACACGGGCAUGCAGAUACGCUACCACACCGCCCGGGCUACAUGGAAUUGGCGCUCGAGAAACAAGACGGAGAAGUGGCUGCUCAUCACCACCUUUGUGAUGGCCAUCACGAUCUUCACGCUGCUGAUUGUCCUUUUCACAGAUGGCGGCAGCAGCGAUGCGACCAAGCACGUCCUUCAUGUCCAGCCGCACCAGAAAGAUUGUCCUUCGGGCAAUGAGCUGCCUUGCUUGAACAAGCACUGCAUCUUUGCGUCGAGCGAGAUCCUUAAGUCCAUCGAUGUGACCGUGGAUCCCUGCGAUGACUUCUACGGAUAUUCCUGUAAUCAGUGGAUCAAGAACAAUCCCAUACCCGAGGGUAAAUCCACGUGGGGCACCUUUGGCAAGCUGGAGCAAAUGAAUCAGUUGAUAAUCCGCAACGUACUGGAGAAGCCGGCAAAGAGCUUCAAGUCGGACGCGGAGCGUAAGGCCAAGAUCUACUAUGAAUCCUGCCUGGAUGCGGAUGAGCACAUGGAGAAGCUGGGGGCCAAGCCCAUGAACGAUUUGCUGUUGCAGAUCGGAGGAUGGAAUGUGACCAAGAGCGGCUACAACGUGACCAAUUGGACGAUGGGAAACACGCUCAAGAUUCUGCAUAACAAAUACAACUUCAACUGCCUGUUUGGCUGGGCGAUCGGGGAGGACGACAAGAACUCCUCGCGUCACGUCAUCCAGAUCGAUCAAGGUGGACUGACGCUGCCCACCGCCGACUACUACAACAACAAGACGGACAAUCACCGCAAGGUGCUCAACGAGUACAUUGAGUACAUGACCAAGGUGUGCGUCCUGCUGGGGGCCAAUGAAUCGGAUGCCCGCGCCCAGAUGAUCGGCGUCAUUAACUUUGAGAAGAAGCUGGCCAACAUUACCAUUCCGCUGGAGGAUCGCCGCAACGAGGAGGCCAUGUAUCAUCCAAUGCAGCUGCGACAGUUGUCCAAACUGGCGCCGUUCCUCAACUGGACGGAUCACUUUGACAAUGCCAUGCAGAUGGUGGGUCGACGGGUCACCGACGACGAGGUGGUGGUCGUCUACGCACCCGACUUCCUCAAGAACCUAUCGGACAUCAUCCUCAAGAUGGAACAGACCGAGGAGGGAAAAAUCACCUUGAACAAUUAUCUCGUCUGGCAGGCGGUACGCACGCUGACCAGUUGCUUGUCGAAACCAUUCCGGGAUGCCUAUAAGGGCGUGAGGAAGGCCCUCAUGGGUUCGGAUGGCGGCGAGGAGAUCUGGCGUUACUGCGUCUCGGACACGAACAAUGUGGUUGGAUUCGCCGUCGGCGCCAUCUUUGUGCGUCAGGCUUUCCACGGCGAGUCGAAACCGGCGGCCGAGCAGAUGAUCUUCGAAAUUCGCGAAGCCUUCAAGAAGAAUUUGCAGAACCUGACCUGGGUGGACAAGCAGACGCGCGAGAAGGCCAUCGAGAAGGCCAAUGAGAUCUCGGAUAUGAUUGGAUUUCCCGACUAUAUUCUGGAUCCCGUGGAACUGGACAAGAAGUACGCGGAGUUGAACAUCACGCCGAAUGCGUACUUUGAGAACAACAUCCAGGUGGCCAUCUACAAUCUGAAGAGCAACCUGAAGCGUCUCGACCAGCCGGUGAACAAAACCAACUGGGGCAUGACCCCGCAGACGGUGAACGCCUACUACACGCCCACCAAGAACCAAAUCGUCUUUCCCGCCGGCAUCCUGCAGACGCCCUUCUUCGACAUCAACAACCCCAAGAGCCUAAAUUUCGGGGCCAUGGGCGUGGUUAUGGGCCACGAGCUAACACACGCCUUCGAUGAUCAGGGGCGUGAGUACGAUAGGUUUGGCAACAUCAAUCGCUGGUGGGACUCCAAGAGCAUUGAGCGGUUCAACGAAAAGUCCGAGUGCAUCGCCCGGCAGUACAGUGGAUACAAGAUGAACGGACGCACCCUCAACGGCAAGCAGACGCUGGGCGAAAACAUAGCCGACAAUGGCGGUCUGAAGGCGGCCUACCACGCCUACCAGCGCACCAAGAGCGACCGGGAUGUGGAUGUCUUGAAGCUGCCGGGUCUGAAUCUCACGCACUCGCAGCUCUUCUUUGUGUCCUUCGCCCAGGUCUGGUGCUCCAGCACAACGGAUGAAACGAACCUGCUGCAGAUGGAGAAGGAUCCGCACUCGCCAUCGCAGUUUCGUGUGAUCGGCACAUUGUCGAACAUGAAGGAGUUCGCCGAGGUAUUCCAGUGCAAGCCCGGCAAACGGAUGAAUCCCACCGAGAAGUGCGAGGUGUGGUAAGGGGAUAGCGCAAUUUCGAUCUCAGAACGAGCCAAAGAUAGAGCCAAAGCCAAAGCCGAGCAACUAGACAACCAUUUUAAGGUGCGGAUGGUGGUGGGAUGCUGAUGCAGACGCAGACUGGGAGUUACAGCCUCAAAUUGCUGAUCCUGUAUUCCGGAUUUUAUUGUUUAAGCCGUGCUCUUUUGUUAUUGUUUUUCUGUUUUUUUUUUUUUGUAUUAUGGUUGCCAUUUGUAUUUUGUCGAAAGACCGUCAGUCAUUGUGCCUAUGAAAAUGAUAGAAACUGACGAUAAAUUCACGUUCGAACUCCAAGGGGUCUGGAGUGCCGAUCUAUACAUAAUAGAUCCUGGAUCAAGGGACCCUUAACUACAUUUGAAUGUGAACGCACGAGCUACCAACUAUAUGGGAUGGGUGUGGCUGAUAUAUAUAUAUUUAAUGAUAUAUAUAGAUAUGAUAACGAUAAACGAUAACUUAGCUAACUGUAACUUAGCUAUUUGUAGAACUAUGAAUGUAUAUUGUAUUAUAAAGAUACAAAGUUCGCAGCUCGUGUCCGAAGGAUGAAGGAUAUCUCCCACUAAGAUAUACCUUCGAAAGAGUUUGAAAAAUCUCAAUUUUUUUUUUUUCGUAAACUACGAUUAUGUCGAAGUUCCUGAGUAGGGAAUAGAAAUGAAAUUAUGGGCUUGUGGGUGUGAAAGUGAAAGAGAUAGAGAUAGAGAUAUAGAAUGAGAGGCGAACAUUUUUUAAGCUUUUCAGUUGCCAAAGGGAACAGGAAAUAACUGAGUGAUUAGGUUUUUCAUUAUUAUAAGUUGAAAAUUAAAGCACUUUUUUUUACAAUUGGAAACUAGCUUAUUGUUGUCGUUUUUAUUUUGGCUUAUUUCCUUGUCAAGCAGAAUGUCAAAUAGUCGAAUGGCAGGAAUGGGAAUGGAUAGAACACAAACCAACACCAAUUAAUUAAUAAUCGCUCAAAUAUUGAGACAUAAAGCCAACCAAAUUGGACAUCGUUUCUUUUGUACGAAAGAAAAACAUAUCAGACUAAGAUGAUGUGAACAAAAGCCAACACCAACCACGUAUAUCUAUGGAAUUUUACUAAGCACCAACUCGGAAUCAAUCCAAAAAUGCUAGCUAUAAGAUAUAGGACAUCCUCAAGCCGAAUCAGUCAGAGCACAAAACUCCACUUUAGCUAGACAAUAUAUGGCCAAAAGGUUUUUCGGUUCACUAGCCCCAUUCUCAAGGGCGUUUCCAUUUACAUAUGUAUGUAGUCUCGGUUGUUAUCUAUAUAUUUUUGAUUCAGAUUUCUAUAAACGUACGUACGUCGAAUGCAUUUAUCUCUCCUUUUAGUUUUUACUUUCCCCGAAACAUUUAAUUUGUAAUGCUGGGAGUAUCUGGGACACAGAACAAAGUUAAGUUGAUGUAUUAUAUAUGUAUGUAUGUAUGUGUUUAUAGUUUUCCCUAAUCAUUUGAUAGGAAGGGGGAAGGGGGGGUAGCUAAGGGGAUGUACUAUUAAAACCCCUUUGUAUCCAUGGAGAUAUCAAGCAGAUGAUUUUUGUAUUCUAUAUAUGUACUAUAUGAUAGAUGAAUGAUAAUGAUGAUAACUAUAAUACAAAUAUUAAAAUAUUAUUAAUAUACAAACUACAUAUACAUUAACUGAAUGUUUAAAUGCAAAUUAUUUUUAUUGUCUAUUAAUAAAGUGUAUAUGUGCAUGUAUACAUUUGCGGAAACAAAACAAUAAAUAACGCUAUAGUCGAGCGUCCCGACUAAGGGAUACCCACUA